AUGCUUCAGGAGUACCGUCCCGCUACGCUAGUAGAAGACCAACGAUCCCCAGGUCCCUCAGAGUACCUACGAGGCAAGGUGAGCGAAGAACAAGAAGUGCCGCACUCGCCUAAGGUUCGCACGAAGCUGCGUUUUUGGAACAGCGUCUCCGCGCCGAAGCACACGAUGGACGACAGCGUGGUGAGCGUGGCUUCGAGCAGCGUGGCGCUCGAACUCGAGGAGAUCGCGCGCAGAAGAGCGUUCGCGCAUUUCGACUGCCAAAGCUUGACGACGAACCUGAGCUACUCGGUGAGGCAGAGGAGGAACUUGCUGGCGAAGAGAAGGAACACCACCACCGGGGCCUCGGCUGCCUCCAUGUUGUUCAGAUCUUCGACGCCUGAUGGCGACGCCAGUGACGACGACUACGGCGACGGGAAGACCAACGAGCUGGUGGAAAGUUGUCCGUUCUUCCGCAACGAAAUAGGCGGGGAGGAGGAGCGCGUCGUGAGCCUCUCGCGGCUGCAGAACAACGGGCAAAACGGCAGGAAACCGCUGCACAGGCCGCCGCUGGCGUACGGGGUGGCCGUGCUGGAGUUUCCGCCCGGGGAAACGCACUGGAGGAACUCGACGUGUCCCUACCAGAAGUUUCCCAGACCCAUCGAAAAUGUGGACCAGGGCGCCAAGUAUUACAGGCACUACUUCUACAACAAAGAUCAUCAAAAUUGGUUCGGCAUGGAUGAGCAGCUGGGCCCUGUUGCCAUAUCGAUUCGGCGGGAAAAAGUACUUCCGGAGUCCGAGGGCAAUUCCUCGAUCACUCAGUACCAAUAUCGGUUGGUAAUACGGACUUCGGAACUCCAAACGCUCAGAGGAGCUGUUUUGGAGGACGCCAUCCCGAAUAUUAAAGCGUCGAGCAAUCCAAAAACGCUACACACCAAAGAGGUUUUAGAAUAUGUCGCCCCAGAAAUCCAGCUGAGUUCUUUGAGACUCGGUCAAAAUACUGCGGCUACGAUCGAACAAAUUCUAAAACUGGACGAGCAAGGUUUGACGAAUAACUAUAAGGUUGGUAUUAUGUAUUGUAAGGCUGGUCAGUCGUCCGAGGAGGAAAUGUACAAUAACGAAGAAGCAGGGCCGGCCUUUUUGGAAUUUUUGGACACCAUCGGCAAAACGGUUAAGUUGAAUGGGUUCAACAAGUAUAAGGCUGGAUUGGAUAACAAAUCGGACUCCACAGGCCUUUACUCAGUCUAUGCCGAGCACCAGGAUUGCGAAAUAAUGUUCCACGUCUCCACCAUGCUCCCGUUUACUGCGCAGAACCGGCAACAGCUGCUGCGCAAACGUCAUAUAGGCAAUGACAUCGUCACCAUAGUGUUUCAAGAACCGGGUGCGUUGCCUUUCACUCCGAAAGGAAUACGUUCGCAGUUCCAGCACGUUUUUAUAGUUGUGAAUGCUAUAAAUCCCUGCACGGAGAACACGUAUUACAAGAUUGCUGUGAGUAGAAGUAAAGAAGUGGAGGUUUUUGGGCCGCCGAUAAAAGAAGGAGCUGUGUUUCCCAAGGGAAAGGUUUUUACUGAUUUCUUGCUGGCCAAAGUGGUCAACGCGGAAAAUGCCGCGCACAGAUCUGAAAAGUUUGUCACCAUGGCAACAAGAACAAGACAGGAAUACUUGAAGGACCUGGUGAAACAGAACGCCAACGGACCUCCGGUCGAUACGGGUCAAAAAUUCUCAAUAUUCAGCAGCAGUAAGAAGAAGGAUAAAAUCCGUCCACGUUUCAUCCCGGACCUGUGCCAAAGAGGCGCCAUCUUGUGGCAAGUGAUGUUAGACGAUAGCAGCCAGCGCGAGCAGAUCGAGUGUUUCCUCGGCAUAUCGUCCGAUACCUUCGUCCUGAUCGAGGAACAUUCGAAGCAAAUCGUUUUCGUGACCCCUUGCAAGUCGAUUUUGGGUUGGUCCCCGCAGACCAACAGCCUAAGGAUCUAUCACCACCAAGGCGAGUGCAUGACGAUACACAUGCGCGACGCGAACGCAGACAGAGACGAACUCAUGGAGGUUAUGGACAGGCUUAAGGCCGUGACCAAAGGCGUUUUGGCGCAGGAGUUCACAAUCAGUCGGAACAUAAUGGGCCAGUUGGGUUUCCACGUGCAACCCGAUGGUAUAGUCACGUUGGUGGAGAGCCAAGGUCAGGCGUGGCAGGCGGGGUUGAGGCAAAACUCGCGAUUGGUGGAAAUUUGCAAGGUUGCCGUCGCCACGUUGACCUACGAUCAAAUGGUGGACUUGCUGAAGACUUCCUUGAAUGUUUUGUUGACUGUGAUUCCGCCUCUGGCGGAUGGUACGGCCAGGAAAGGUUGCACCUUGCAGAAUUGCAAGUACAAUGAAGGGAAUUUCGAGGGGGACUAUGAAAAUUUGGGGAUUGAUGAAAACAAGGGGAAGAGGGCGCCGCAGAUGCAACAGGCUGUGGCGGGGAAUCACAGGAGGAUAUAUGAUAGAAGUUUUUCACCGCCAAGGUCCAGCAAUAGUUCUGGUUAUGGUACAGGGAGUAGCAGCAAAAGCUUUCAUGGGCAAGAAACCAAAUACGCCACCAACGUUGAGGGCACUUUAACCAGUUCCUUGAGUGGUCUUUCCAAUGAUGACAAGUGGUACGAUAUUCUGCAGGAGUUGGAUCCGCCGCCGAAAUCGGGCCACCAAAUGCAGAAUUCCCGCACCAACACUUUUCCGUCUACACCUAAGAGAAACAACAACCAACACCAAAUAUCGCAACACUCGGUGGCGCAGAAUCACAACCACUACACCGUGCAGUCGCUGCAUCACAACAAAGUGCAAGCGAGCAACUCCUUGCCCUUACAGCAGUUCGGGAAUUACUCCCAACCGUUGAGUUUUCACAACGAAGAGUUGGUGUACAAAAACAACAUCGUCAAGCAGCAAACGGAACGCUUGAGGCAGGAGUGCGAGUAUCACAGAAGCAACAAAGAGUUGAACAGCGAUUUUCAACGUUUGAACGUGCAAGACAGCAGGUCCACCAGUAGCUCUAUCAGCGAUAGAAUCAAUCUUAUCGGUAGCGAGGAUGAUUUAUCGGCUGGAAGUGGCAACUGCUCGCCGAAAACGCGGCGAAAUAAGCAUAUAAACGCGAAUUACAGCAGCAGAAACCAAAGUCCGAGAUCUCUUAACGGGGAGGCUAAACUACGUCCGGGUGUUACAUCGAGAUCUUCAAAUAGAAACAGCGCGAAUAUUUCGAAUGCGUUUCAGGAAGAAUUACUGCGCUUGAUAGAUCCUGACAACAUCGAACCGCAACAGCAACAAGAGGUGAAAAAAGAAACGAAAACUCACUCGAGAGAGAACUUGAACAACGCUUUGUCGGUCCAUAAAGGCAACCCUGAGGUAAUCCUUACGAUGGCUCGUCCUGCUACUGUAAUCUCGAACGCCAGUACCACGUCGAGUCCGCUGCAAAACGAGUUUAAGAACGACGUUUUGAAGGGUAAGGUGCAGCUUGCGUUUGCGGAAGAGUUUCCUUUGCCGCAGGAAGGCGAUUGGCCCUCUCUUGUGGAUACGGCGACAAGGGCCAUGAUGACGGUUUCGAAUGACGCAGAAAGGUGGGAGGAUGAGGGGAGGGUCGACGCUUCUUUAGCUUCAAGUUCUAGCGCCGGUAUUCCGGAGCUACAGAGUCACGUGGCAGAGCUGGAGACAAAAGUGAGUCACGAACAGAGGCGCAGGAUUUCCCUGGAAAACGAAGUUCGAAGGCUGAACGAGGAGAACGCGAAGCUGCGCGACCAGGCGCAGGCGGCCGUGCACCAGCUGCGAAAAUUCACCGAGUGGUUCUUUAAAAACGUCAAAAGGCAAUGA